UCAGACUUUGCUACGCAAUUGUUAAACUUGUUAAACUUUGUUAAACAAACAGUGGCAAAUCUGGCCGUAUUGUCCGCUGAAAAGCGGCAGGAACCAAUAUAAAAUAAAAAGAAGAAAACUCGAUAAACGUCGUAGAGCUUUAUUUCUAAUCUGACGGCUCCAGUUGUUGAUGCUGAAGGGCAUCAUCAGUUUGCUGAUUAUAUACACGAUUUCACAUAUUUUAAGACAAGAUGUCAUUUAAUUAUCGGUUACAUCAGUGGGUAUUACAAUGCAAUAGCAUUGUUAAUCAGCACUAUCAGGAAAAAAAACAAGCAGAGUUAGUUGCAGCAAUUUCAAUGAUUGCAAAUAUAAUCAAAUCAAAAAAUAAAAGGAAAAGAAGAUGCUGGAUUUCAAAAGUAUUUGCAGAAAGACAGAGACAUGGAUUUUAUCAUGCAGUACUUCCUAAUAUUAGGUUGGAAGAUCUUCGUUUCCGAAAUUAUACGAGAAUGACACCGAUACAAUUGGAAGAACUGUUGUCAAUAGUAGGACACGAUUUAAAAAAACAUUAUGUUGUGCGUGAGCCAAUAAAUGAAGAGCAACGUUUAAUAGUAACUUUAAGAUAUCUUGCCUCAGGAGACAGCAUGGUAUCAUUGUCAUAUCAAUUUUUAAUAUCUGUAAGCAGCAUUACAAAUAUUAUACGAGAAACAUGUUCCGUUAUAUGGGAGCAUUUGUAUCCUAUUGUGCUUUCACAAUGUGAUACAAACGACUUGAAAGAAAUCGCGAACGACUUUGCGAAUAAAUGGAACUUUCCUCACUGUGUUGGUGCGAUAGAUGGGAAACACAUCGUUAUUCAAUGUCCAGACAACGCAGGAUCAGAAUAUUAUAAUUAUAAAGGCAGUCACAGCAUUAUAUUACUCGCAAUAAGUGAUGCUAAUUAUAUUAUACGUUGCGUUGACAUUGGUGCCCCUGGGAGGCAGGGUGAUGCAGGUCUUUUCAAGAAUAGUGCUAUGGGCCUGUUCUUAGAAAGAAAGGAAUUUAAUCUUCCUUUACCCGAAGCAUUAUAUGAAGAUGGUCCAAUUUUGCCAUACGUAUUAAUAGGAGACGAGGCAUUUCCGUUAACUGAUUAUAUGAUGCGACCAUAUCCAGGAAAAAAUGGAAUGACAUUAGAGAAACGCAUUUACAACUAUCGUUUAUCUCGAGCUCGAAGAACGGUUGAGAAUGUUUUCGGCAUUUUAGCCAGCCAAUGGCGACUUCUGAGACGACCAAUUUUAGCAAAAGUACCAAAUGCAAUAAAAAUGAUUCAAGCAAUCGUCUGCCUUCAUAAUUGGCUGAGAAAGCAUGAUGUUGAGCGAGAAACGUAUAUAACACAACAACUUGUAGAUAGGCCUGUAAUAGAUGGAGAUAUUGAAAACGGCUCUUGGAGACAAAAUGUUGAAGAUUUUCGUGCAUAUAUUAACAUUAGAUGUACUCAAACAAGAACAUAUUCGUUACGCGCAGCUAACAUUCGCGAAGAAUUCUGUAGAUUCUUCAAUGAGGAAGGAGAAGUUGGUUGGCAAAAUAUUCAAAUAUACAAGUAAAUAAAUAAAAUUUGGUAAUUUAUUAUGAUUCUAUAUCAUUUCACAUAAUGUUUCAUGUACAUUUAAGACAGAGGUUACUUUUGUAAAUAAAUU